AUGACAAACAAGGAAGGUACAGCUGACACCACCACCAGUAACGAGGACAGGCGAGCUUCGUACGCAGAAGCAGAGCCGUCGCCCAGCGUCCGGAGUGAUACCUUCUCACGGCAAAGGGAAGCUGCUCUGCCCGCAGGUUCUCGAUAUCCCGACCCGGAGAGCAUUGGACAGAAUAGCACGCAAGGCAUGCCCGACACCGAGGUCUCUGAUGAAUACGCGGAUCAGCAACGUGUGAACAAUGGCACCUGGGCACAGUACAUGAAGCCAAAGUUCGCUCGAGCACCUAUAAAGGAAGCCGGCCGUGUAGCAUAUCUCGGCGAGUCCUCCAACCUCAGUCUUCUGGUCCAAGACCGCCACGGGACUACAGACGUGGUCCAUUACCCUCUACCAGAAAACGUGCGUGGCGCGAGAGCUCGUGUCAAUGAGCUUGAUAACGUCGAGAUUGAUAUCCUGCACCAGCGUGGCGCUUUCUUACUACCUCCACGGGGACUAUGCGACGAGCUGGUCGAGGCGUACUUUCAAUGGAUUGCCCCAGUAGUCCCUGUCAUCAACCGGACGAAGUUCAUGCGCAGAUAUCGAGACCCGAAGAACCCGCCGUCUUUGCUUCUCCUCCAAGCGGUCCUUCUGGCAGGCAGCAGAGUAUGCAGUAAUCCGCAACUCAUGGAUGCUAACGGCAGUACCACACCCGCGGCCAUGACUUUCUACAAGCGUGCAAAAGCACUUUUCGAUGCGGGCUACGAGGACGACCGGGUCACGAUUGUGCAAGCAUUAAUUUUGAUGGGUUGGUAUUGGGAAGGACCUGAGGGUAAGGCUCCACAUGAUAGUGAUCUUGUUAUGACUGCAAGGUCUGACUUGGCAGCAGACGUCACCAAAAAUGUCUUUUACUGGUCUCGAGUUGCAGUCAUCGUCGCACAAGGCUCUGGCAUGCACAGAAGCGUCGAACACUCUCAGCUUUCUCGUGCCGACAAGCGGCUAUGGAAGCGCAUUUGGUGGACACUGUUCACACGAGAUCGAUCUGUCGCUGUGGCACUUGGCCGACCGACAGGCAUCAACAUCGAAGACUCGGACGUGGAGAUGGUGAGCGAAGAAGAUUUCGUUGACGACGAUGAGCCCAGUGGACCUACAUCGAACCAGAACGCAGUGCGAUCCGAAUACCAACCGGACCCGAUACACAUCCAAUUCUUCCUCAAUUACGUCAAGCUAUGCGAGAUCAUGGGACUCGUGCUGUCACAGCAGUACAGUGUGGCCUCAAAGCUACGGCCGAAGAAUGCCAUUGAUCUCACACAUAGUGACAUGGCGCUCGCGGAUUGGUUGCAGAACUGUUCACCAGAAGUACGAUGGGAUCCACAUCACCAUCAUUUCUGGAGUGCACUUCUGCAGGCGAAUUACUAG